GGCAGGUGACGCUGUGGCCGCUCGAGCUUGGAGCUAGAUUCACGACACUUGAACCACAACUUCGACAUCGAGCGAAUCCGCCGCCGCCCAGAGCCCCGGACCUUCCAAAAUCUCUUUGCAGACUCCCUAUGUGAGAAUCGAAAGCUCAAGAUGGUCAUAAACCCCACAUAUCUGGCCCAGCGGUCACGUUCCUCCAUCAACUGGUCCGAUGCGCGACGGCGAGUCCUGAAGUCCUACCGAGAAUGGCUGAGAGCGGGGCCUGAGAUCCAGCAGCUCUACUCCCUGAAUAUGCCGGUCUCGAGAAUCCGCACGAAAGUCAGAGAAGAGUUCGAGAAGCACAGAUAUGUCAACAACGUACAGGCAGUCGACGUACUGCUCCAACAGAGUCAUGCAGAGUUUCAAGAAAUGUUGAACUACUGGAAGCAGUACUCGCAUGUCAUGAAGUACUUCCGGGUCGAUGAAGAUGAGAACGCGAAACUGCCGAAGAAUUUCAUCCAGGGCUUUUUGGAGGGCCGGAACUGAUGCGGAUGUCCACCUUGCCAGCACCGUCGAGGUGAUUGUACAUAGCUAGAAAGAAAAGAGCAAAAACAUGCCGACACUCCGGGCGCCUUUCCAAUGCAAGAUCCUGUCUUCCCCGACCGCCUAGGGUUUCGUGAUAGAUGGUCAUGAAUUUGAAGCAUUGAAUUCGUCUCGCGCCUCGGAGAAUUUCUUUGACACCACGUCGCAAGCCGCGAUCAUGUCUAACAGACCCUUUCUGAGUGCGUCGACCGCUGUUGUCUCGGUAUCCUCUAAUCUGGGUCAGAAUGGGGUGCACAAUGCCAGCAAUAUCAGGAGAAGUCACUCACCCCACGUCUGUAUCCGAAUGUUCAUUUUGGUCUCGGAAGGAUGUGGGAUGGUAUAGCCGCAGAAUUCCACAUCGGGGCUGUCAACCGUCAGUCCAUGUUCCUGUCAAGAAUUUUCGAAUGGUUGAGGUGACCGUACUUCUUGUUAACAAAGUACCGCAGAGCAUUGCCCAUCGUGUGAUCUUCUUUCUCGAACUGGAAAGAUGCAGCAUGCGAGGAUGCACCAGGAAGCUGUACCACGGAG